AUGCUGUUUCUAUUUGAAACAGCUGCGGGCUAUGCCCUCUUCAAGGUCGUCAAGGAGGGCAAGCUGGAGAAGUCCGAGGACCUGUACAAGGACUUUGAGACUCUUGAUGCCGCGCAGAAGGUGGUGAAGCUGAAGGCAUUCAGCAAGUUCCAAAACACCACAGAGGCGCUGGCCGCGGCGACAGCCCUGGUUGACAGCAAGCUGGACAAGGGCCUCAAGAAAUUUCUGAAGAAGAACGCCACCGGGGAGACCCUGGCCGUCCUGGAUGCGAAGCUGGGGUCUCUGAUCAAGGACAAGCUCGACAUCCCGUGUGUUUACAGUGGCGCGGUGCAGGAGCUCGCGCGCGGCGUGCGCGCGCAGCUCUCGGGGCUCAUCAGCGGCCUGGCGGGCGCGGACCUGACGCCCAUGUCGCUGGGCCUGAGCCACAGCCUGUCGCGCUACAAGCUGAAGUUCAGCCCCGACAAGGUGGACACCAUGAUCGUCCAGGCCAUCGGCCUGCUGGACGACCUGGACAAGGAGCUCAACACAUACGCAAUGCGCGUGCGCGAGUGGUACGGCUGGCACUUCCCCGAGAUGACUAAGAUCGUGGGCGACAACAUCCAGUACGCCAAGGCGAUCAAGCUGAUGGGCACCCGGGACCGCUCUGCGGGUCUGGACUUUUCGGGCGUGCUGGAGGAGGAGGUGGAGUCGGCCCUCAAGGAGGCGGCCCAGAUCAGCAUGGGCACUGAGAUCAGCACUGAGGACCUGGAGAACAUCCAGGCACUCAGCGACCAGGUGAUCGAGCUCUCCGAGUACCGCGGGCAGCUGUUUGACUACCUCAAGUCCCGCAUGGCCGCCAUCGCGCCGAACCUCACGCGCACCUCGUCGCGAAGCGCAGUCGUGGCAGCGGUCAGCAGGACCAAAGCCAGGUGCUGGUGGGCGAGCUCGUGGGUGCGCGCCUGA